AGCUCAGACUAGUUUCAUUUAUAAGGAAGUGAAACUCACACAGUCGCUGACACUGAGAGUAGAAAUGGCGCAGAAAGCAGUUCAGCUGGACCAAGAAACCUUCUCUUGUUCUAUCUGUUUGGAUCUACUGAAGGAGCCAGUGACUAUUCCCUGUGGACACAGCUACUGCAUGAACUGUAUUAAUGGUUUUUGGGAUGGAGAGGAGGAGAAGAAAAUCUACAGCUGCCCUCAGUGCAGACAGACUUUCACAGCGAGGCCUGUCCUGGUGAAAAACACCAUGUUAGCAGUUUUAGUGGAGGAGCUGAAGAAGACUGGACUCCAAGCUGCUCCUGCUGAUCACUGCUAUGCUGGACCUGAAGAUGUGGCCUGUGAUUUCUGCACUGGCAUGAAGCUAAAAGCUGUGAAAUCUUGUCUUGUGUGUUUGGUUUCUUACUGUGAGAAACACCUUCAGCCUCAUUAUGAUUUGGCUCCAUUAAAGAAACACAAGCUGGUGGAGCCCUCCAAGAAGCUCCAGGAGAACAUCUGCUCUCGUCAUGAUGAGGUGAUGAAGAUGUUCUGCCGUACUGAUCAGCAGAUUAUCUGUUAUCUCUGCCCUGUGGAUGAACAUAAAGGCCACGACACAGUCUCAGCUGCAGCAGAAAGGACUGAGAGGCAGAGAGAGCUGGAGGUGAGUCGACAAAACAUCCAGCAGAGAAUCCAGGACAGAGAGAAAGAUGUGAAGCUGCUUCAACAGGAGGUGGAGGCCAUCAAUCAGUCUGCUGAUCAAACAGUGGAGCACAGUGAGAAGAUCUUCACUGAGCUGAUCCAUCUCAUCCAGAAAAGAAGCUCUGAUGUGAAGCAGCAGAUCAGAUCCCAGCAGGAAACUGAAGUGAGUCGAGUCAAAGAGCUUGAGGAGAAGCUGGAGCAGGAGAUCACUGAGCUGAAGAGGAAAGAUGCUGAGCUGAAGCAGCUCUCACACACAGAGGAUCACAUCCAGUUUCUACACAACUACCCCUCACUGUCAGCACUCAGUGAGUCUACAGACUCAUCCAGCAUCAAUAUCCGUCCUCUGAGGUACUUUGAGGAUGUGACAGCAGCUGUGUCAGAGGUCAGAGAUAAACUACAGGACAUUCUGAGAGAGGAAUGGACAAACAUCUCACUGACAGUCACUGAAGUGGAUGUUUUGCUGUCACAACCAGAGCCAAAGACCAGAGAUAGAUUCUUAAAAUAUUCAAAGGAAAUCACACUGGAUCCAAACACAGCACACCCACAGCUGUUAUUAUCAGAGGAGAACAGAAAGAUCUGCACAUCUAGUCGAUCCUGAGCCCACAUACUUGCUUUCUUCCUCGCCUCGGCUCUCUGGUUCAGGACAGUUGUGAGAAAGGAGCUGGUCACUGUUUGGUUCACUUUCCUCAUAAGACGAAGUCACCAUAAAGGUAUCCGUCUCCUCUUUCAGUAUAAGGUGCUCUCCCUCUUGACUGGUGUACAGUUCCUCUGGUUCCUCUUUAAUCUCUGGAUGCCCUGGGUCCUCCUGAUCAAGACUGGAGUUCCCCCCCGGGAUGCAGACCUGCUGGAGGAGACCCUCCUCUUCCUUCCACUCAUGUUGUUUUGGGAUUGCUGAAGGAACAAAAGGACACAAGAAAAAAGCUUCCUAAUGUUAUGACAGGAAAACACUAAAAAUAGUAUGGUAUGUCGUUCAAAAUAUUAAACCUGACCUGUUUGCUUCAAAGGUCAAUCCUAUUAAUUCCAGUUUGCAUAAUUCAGUUUUUGUUUCCAGUUUAGCAGUCAACUGCAUGUGAUCUUAAUGUUCUGGAUCUUCAGACCUGGCUUCAACAACUUGAAAAAAAAGAAAAUGCUCAGCAAGUCAAUAAAGUAGAAUACUUGGAAAAUACUUGGAAAACCAAAGCUGACUGAGUUCUCCCUUUGUUAUCUUCUUCUUCGUUCGCUGCCAUAAAGAAGCUGCCUUCAUGUCAUCCGUGAACUCACCAUCAUAACAUUGACCUACUGAGGUGUAUUUUGUUGUCUUUAGUCAGUUAUUACUUUUUAGUGGAUCGUUCAAUGUGAUUUCUAAAAUUAGGAGCGAGUUCAGAUGGUUCGAGGAUGCUUUGAUUGUUACCAAACAUUUGAAUAACACAAAGUCAGCGUUCAUUUCACAAAAACAGGAUUCAACCUGUCUUGUUCUUACAUCUUUCUCUGUCUCUCAGUAAACAUUCAGAUAUAGUGCCAGCCCUAAAAAGCAAAUAUGGUUAGUUUGCAAAAUUAACAGUCUGCAUGAAAGGAGCAGGGUGGGGUUAUUUCAGACUCAUAGCCUGAAUUUAUGCCCCAGUACAGUCCUGCAUAUAACUAAACAGGAGUAAUGUUUAACCACGUUAAGAUGUGUGGACCUACUGUGAAAAAAGUAGGCUUGCUUGUUAGCACUUAUAACAUUAGCCACACUUGACUAACUAGUCUGACAUUUGGGCAUAAAGUAUUUUAUAGUAUAUUAUAAUGAUCUCUACAAAGCUGAUCUGUGUGCUGUCUAAAAACCUGCAGGUCCCGUGUUGGGAAAUGAGCUACAUUUGUUGUAGUUUUAGUUGUAAUGAAUGUUUUUUGUUUGCAAGCCCUUUUUGUGUAUGUUUGGACAAACUGUGUAAUUUCUCUCUAUAGUUUUAUCAUUAAUGUCCAUUUUAUAUCUGAGGAAGUUGGUGUUUGGAUCAAAGAUUUUAUAUUUUUGGCUCUUUCUGUGUGAAAUACUACCUUUAAAUAUUUCAGAUAUCUGCUCCAUGUUAGCUUUUUACUUAUUCAAACAUGUUUUGUUACUCAAACCAGACUACUUAUAUUUUCAUUAAGUUAAUCAGUGUUAAUUUAUUUUAUCUUUGCUUUGUAAAAUGCUAUCAUUUUAUUUAUUUGUCUUGUGACCUUUUGUUUUCUGUUUGCUUGUCUUAUUUGUUCUGUGUUAGUUGUGUAUAAUAUGUAUUGUUCUCUUAUCAUUUGUUGCAUGAAUUUUUGUUUGGCCCCCUUCAACAAAGAGAUGCUACAGCUCAAGAGGUUUAUCAACAUAUAAUGAAUCUGAUUCAGGUGUAGAGCUGUGUGAUGUCAUGUCGUGUAAUGAGACUUAUGACUAUGACUCAAACUAAAUAACUAAUAUUAAGGAAAACGAUGCGAUAUAUGGUCAUUUCCAUGGAAGCUUCCAAAAUAUUAUUUAUUAUUUUGUGAUUUGUAAUUUUCCACAGUUUAUGUGUACAGGAAGUAAGUAUGCAGCCAGUCUGAACCAGUUUGCUCAUUGUAGCUCUUUUCAUUCAGUCUCAAGGUCAGUCUUUCUUUAUCAGGCAGGCUCACUCAAUAAAUGUCUCUCAGAGGGCAGUUCUUCUUUAUCCAGCCUGCACAAAAUGCUUUGUGUGUCUGUUCAUGCUGGUCCUUCUGCAGCUUUAAUGAAAGACUCAAAGACAUUGGAAGUGGGCUUUUUCCAGAUUUCCACCACACAGCUGAAUCAUUUUAGUCUGAGUUAAAGCUGCUGCAAAAGCUUACAGCAAAAAUCAUAAUCAUGAUUAUUUUUGGUCACAUAAACCUAUUGCAGUUUCACUUAU